CAGUGGACAGCCGGCCGAGCACCAGCUAGCAUGUUCAAACAGGUUAUGUUUUCCAUUGUUUCGUAGAAAAUUCGCCAUUUAUCUCAUCUAAAAUGAUUGAUCCUGUUGAAAGUGCCCAGGCUAAUGAAGAUGGUCCAGUGACUAAACCAAAACUUGAGAGGCCAGUUCAGACUGCCUAUACUUCAGAGACUUAUCAACUGUCUAAGGAAAUAAAAGCUCAACUCCUCCUUAAUGUGUCAACUUCGUUCAACGUUGAAGAGCAGAUGGAUGUGAUUAAGAAAAUAUCAGGCCAUCUAGCUAUAGUAGACGAAGAUAUUUCAACUGCCAUUGACUUGAACUAUGUACAUAUAGCCGCUGAUUUAUAUUUAACAGCCCCGUUAAAACAUCCUAUCAAAUGUGCUCUUACAAAAACAUUUAAUUCAAUCAAUCAACAUGCAAAAGAAUCAUGUGUCAAAUAUCUGCGAGAAGGUCUCAAAUGCCAUUUACAAGAAGCAGUCCACAACAGAAAAGACCUCACAAAUUUGACUGUUGCCUCUAGUGCUCUAUUAGGCUGUUAUGAAAAUUUUAAGUUGGGCCCAGAUAUUUUAGAUGGCAUGACUUUGGAUAUUAUUGAAUAUUUGAAGCAAGCUCUGAACCUGUGCCAGUCUUUUUUGAGCUCUGAUAACACCCCAAUGUUUAAGGUGGAAGUAAGCAAAGUUGCUCAUACCAUCUCUAGGAUAAUUAUAACUGUACUUCAACGAAUAGCUGCAAAUCUUCAAGCAACUUUGAGAUUCAAUAUGUCUGCCAUCUUAAACUCUGCUAUUCAUUUUAUGAAUAGACCUGAUGUUCCUCUGGACACACGAACUAAUUUUGGGUUUGUUAUGGUCCUAAUUUUGGAAUAUCUUGAAGGACCUCAAGGCUGGAUGAAGCUGCUGGAAACUGAUAGAACUAUACCAACUACCGAUGAGCUAUCCAUCCUGUGUAUUUGUUCAGGCCUCUUGUCUGGAUUAAAACCUAAUCAAUUUGAAUUGUUACAUUCAACAAAUAAGAAAGCAGUGAUUGCUUGCAUCCUUGAUGUAGCACUAUCUGUGAAUGAACUCUGCAUUCAAGAAAGCAAUGUGGUAUUAGCCCUCUGGCGAGUAGUUCAACAGCUGACAAGAGUAAUUGCUCUAAAUUCCAAACUUGCCAGUUCUUUGCAAGUAUCUCAGGUGGAAAAUAUUUUGAAACAUCUUUUGGGCCUCCUUGAUCACCACAUGGAUGCUGUAAGACAUUUAGCUAAAGCAAUACUGGAAAAUUUGAUGCAAAUAAAAGAGACCUUUAUCCCUUUGGGUAUUGAUUUGGAUGAUAAGAUGUGUGAAGUUGUUAGAUUAACACCUGAGACAAAACGCAGUCGUUAUGUGAUACUGUCAACAAUGACGGCUUAUAUGAGCACCUCUGAAAUUAUCAAAAAAAUUCCAAAUGUAAUCAGCUAUCUUUUAAAGGCAAUGCAGUGUACAUCUAUGUCAUCUCAUGUAUCUGGUGCAUUUGUGGCUAUGUCAUCUGCUGACUUCAAGACACUUCCCUACCCUCAGUGGUACAAAUCAUGGGUAGAGCCACUUUUUCAUGUAAUGAUUGAGAACAACUCCAUAGAAUCUCCUGCAUUAGAAGAAGCACUUUCUAAAAUUGUUAAGAUGUGCCCACAAGUUAUUAAUGAAGUUGUAUCUGCUGUUAACAAAAAGCAAAACAUUGAACUUCCAAGAUUGAGACUUUUGCUGACCUGUGUGAAGAUAGGUAGGAAGCAGGGUGUUAUCUUGAUGACUAGUAAUGAAGAAUUGUGGUUUGGAAUCCUUCCUGUGGCACUACUGAGAUCUGCACUUUGUCAUGAGUGUGAUGAGAUUCGAGUUGCUGCUGUUGGAUUGAUUGUAGAAACAAAUCGCAGUACUGAAGUCUUUUCUAAAAUGGAUUUCUCAUUACUACAAUCUUUCUUGGAAUAUAAUGUGAAUUGCGAAAUUCCCUCUUUCCGUCAGCAAGCUCUUGCUUUCAUGUCCAAGUUAUUUACUCGUAUGAAAGACAGUGCCCACACUCUAACAAGACCAAUAAAACAAACGAAGAAAAAUGAAAUUGAUUUUUUGAGAAUCUUAGCAUAUUAUCAAGAAUUUAUGGUUUGGAUUUUACCAUUUUGUUUUAGUAAUCUUAGGAUUGGAUCCAACUAUAGUCGCAGGAUAUUUACUUUAAAACUCCUCACAAUGAUUAUUGAUAUUCUUAGAACUGACCCUCUUUUAAUAAAUGAGGACUGCCUACAUGCAAUGUGGACGGAUAAGAAUGCACUUACCUUGUUGGGUGUCACAUUAAUUGAUAACUUUGAGGAAAAUAAGGCCAUGGCUGCAAGAAUUUUGGGGUCACAUCCAAAUUGCCCUCUGGGAUUGCAUGAUGAAAGCAAAAGAUUGCAGCUUUUCAACAAAGGGUGUACUCUUGCAUCAAGUAUUAACCCAGCAGAUUGUAUCUCUGCUGCUUAUCUUUUAGAACUUUGUUGCAUUCUCAACCAUAAAGUUCAUAACAAUUCAGACAACACAAACUAUCCAACUGAAGAAAUCUUUGAUGCUGUAAUCAGUCUGAAAGCACAGUUAGAAAGUGAAUUGAAUGUUGCUCAGAAUGACAUUCUUCAGGCUGCUAGCAAUGGUCCAAUGUAUGGAACUUUGUUUUGCAUUCGUCACCUGCUACAGCUAAUCCCGGAUUUUAGCAAAUUGGGAGAAAAAUCAAAGUGGUUGAUUUUGAUUAGAAGUCUUGUUGCCCUCUGUUUUAAGCUGGAUAAAAUUGUAUCACCUAUAGUAAAUAGUUCAUCGCCAGAAGGACAUCUUCCAAUGGACUUCAAUGAAAGUUCCUCUGUGUUGAAAUCCAACAGCGCUUCCUCACCUGCUCUGCAUCCAAAAGUCACUGCCCAAAUGGUUUUACUUUGUUCUUGGCGGACUGUAAAAGAGGUUUCUCUUUUGUUGGGUAAAUUGUCUGAUUGCUGUCCAAUACUUCCUGAUACAAAUGGUUUGUUGAGUGAAGAAGAUGUCUUGGCCAUUGGUGUUCACCUGACAACUCUACUUGAGGAGACAAAACACAGAGGUGCUUUUGAACAAGCUUAUGUGGGUUUUAGUCUUCUUGCAGCUCGCUUAUGGAGACAUCCGAAGAAGACUUUACAAGAACUUCCAAAACUGUGGCUAAAUGAAUUAAUAGAUGCUAUUCAAAGCAAUGAACGCUCUUCAAGCAAGUUAUGUGCUACCAGGAGGAGUGCAGGGGUCCCAUUCCUUGUUCAGGCUCUGGUAUCAGCUGAGCUUCAAACUGUGGGAAGUCCUCAGUCUCUCCAAACAACUAUGUCACAACUUCUAACAUGUGCUGCUAAUAAGGAUAGUCAUGUGGAAUGUAGAACACAUGCUCUAAACAUACUACGUGCUUUGUAUCGGCAUGCUCCUCUUGCAGAACACAUUGCCUCUUAUAUCUCUGAAGGGGUGAUGGUUGCGGUAUCUGGUUUCAAGGGCAAAUCAUGGGCCGAGCGAAAUUCUGCAACCUUACUCUUUAGCAGUCUUAUGACUCGUAUCUUCGGUGUUCGUCGAAGUCGAGAAGAAUUAAGCUCAAGAAAUAAACUGACGGGAAGAGUCUUCUUCCAUCGAUACCCAGCGCUCUUUGAUUUCCUUUUGUCAGAACUAAGCCAGGCUGUUAAUGCCUUAAAUUCAGGAGAUGUCAGUGAAUUUGCAGUACUUCAUCCCAUUCUCCUUCUGAUCGGUCGUCUUUACCCUUCGUUAUUAGAAGGAAUGGACACUCCUAUGCAGUUGAGUUCAUUUGUGCCACUAGUUUACCAGUGUGCAAGUAAUUCUGUAUUGAAAACGCGGGUCUUGGCUGCUAAGGCUGUGGUUCCAUUAAUAACCGUUGAUGUAUUUGUGAAGUAUGUGGAUGACUUGUUUGAAAAAUUGACCUCCACUCAUUCAGCAAACCUUAGCCAUGGAAUAGCCUUACAGAUUGUCCAUCUAUUAGCCAAUUCAGUUGUAGUGAAUAGUGAACCAUCAUUAGUAAUUGGUGAUCACUUUCACAGGUGGUUAUCAAAGUUGCUUUUGUGCCUGAGCACAUCUUUGAGUAAUCCUGUCCAUGAAAUAAUUUUACAGAUAAUUGAAGUGGUUGUAGGAAAUUGGUACACAUCUGUUCCCUCUGCUUUAUGGAAAGCAAUUCGAGAAUUAAUUUCUGAACACAUCUUGACUCUUAAAGGAGGAAAGGUAAAUGACCUAUCAUUAGGUCUGAGUGUUUUAGAAAUAAGAGCAACAAGAGUUCUUUUGCAACUUCUUAUUUAUGACAAAAAUGUUGAAUUGGAGUCAAUUAUCAUGAAACUUCUACAACACAUCAAUCAUGAAGUUGUGCAAGAAACUCUGGUAUUUUUAGAAAGGUUCAUGCGAGGCCCUGCUCAAACCACCAUUUUGGAAAUUGAAAACAUUGUACCUGAUGUGUGCGGAGGGGGCAAACACUGGUCUGAGCGUUUGCCCGAGGAAGCUUGUAUUGAAUGUGCCUCAAUUUUUCAUGAAAGUAAAGAGCUGAGUGAAAAGCUAGCAGCAAUUGCCAUGUCUAAAACAGGAAUUCAAGGCACACUAGCUUUGCGAGCUUUAGUACAUGUUACCCCAGCUUUAUGGUGCUCUGAUAUUGAUCUCAGAAAGCUGUUACUUUGGUGCACAUCUCCUCAUGAAGGUACUUCUUGUGCUGCAUUGUCAUGCUUUUCUUCUUUACUCAAGUACAUGGUGCAAUAUAAAAAAGAGAUACCUGAAAUAUGUGAGCAUGGAUGUAAAUUAGUAAAAUUAUAUUGUGAUGAGGAAAAGAGUGUUAUCAGUCGAAUGACAGCUGUCAGCUUUCUGUCCAACAACAGGCUGGCAUUAGAUCGACAAUACUUGUUCCUAUCCGAUGAGACUGUUUGCGAGCUGUGGAUUAAUGGAAUAAAGUUGGCCUGUGAUGACAACUCUUCUGUAAGGUUGCAUGCAGCUCUACUUUCCCAAACAGAGAUGCCAUCAGUUCCUCAGAAAUGUUUAGAAAAUUUAUUGCAAAGUUUUAAUUCUAUUAUGGGCUGUUCUCCUUCCUAUUGCUUGGCCACAUUGCUGGUUCUAGCCAUUGGUCCCUUGCCAGACUCAAGCAAUUUUGAAGCUGAUGAGGAAAGAGUUUUUGAAAAGGGAGAGAGCAAUAUGUUCAUUGAACAUGAAAUCAUCACCGACCUGGCCUUGAAGUACAUAUUCAAUCAUGUAGCAAAUGAUGUAAGUCUAUCUCCUACUCAGUGGAAAUGGGUGUGGACCUUUAUUGGGGGCUUUGAUAGGAAAGAAAUAUGCAGUGCUGAAAAUCUCUUUGAUGCUAUUAGAUGCCACAAUAGGAUUGGGCUAGUAACUGAUAGCUCAGACUUUUUGUUACCACCUGUGAUUGUUUGUUCCCUUCGCUGUUUGAACAAAGUGGAACAAGUAUUUUGCGGUGCUGCUAAAGGAAUAACAUAUGAGUUUCCUUUUAUUACCAACAAACUUUUAGACUUAGCUUGACUUGUUUGGCUACUGGGUAAAGACACUUGUCUCUAAAUAUUCGAAAAACUAGUACCUGCUGUACAUUACCCUCCAAUACAUAUUUUAAAUAAAUAACACUUAUUUAGAAAAAUGAA